AGUGGCAGAUGAGAGAUUUUGCACAUUCAGUACUUUGGCGCUAGUAACAACCUGCAAAAUUAAACAUCACAAUCUUUUUCCGUGGUCAGAGAUGAUUGGGAAAUGAUGGGACUGUUGGUGCUCUGUGUGUUUGCAGUCGUGUUCAACUACAUCUCCGCAUCUACAGAAGUCUGCACCAAUACCCUCCUACCUGGAGCUAAAGGAGACCAAGGUGGGAUUGGUGAGGAAGGAGAUCUGGGAAAACUGGGGAAGAAUGGACCACCAGGACUUCCAGGAGUGCCAGGGGAGACAGGUCUAAAAGGCGAGGUGGGCCACACAGGAAAGAUGGGGCCUAUUGGAGACAAAGGUGACAAAGGUGAUAUAGGUUUGGAAGGGCACUCUGGUUUAAAAGGGAAACCAGGCACAACAUGUGACUGUGGCAGGUACAGGAAGGUGGUUGGACAGCUGGAUGUCAAUGUAGGCAAGCUGAAGAAUGCUGCCAAGUUUGUGAAAAAUGUUAUCUUGGGGCUGAAGGAAACAGAGGAGAUGUACUACCUGCUGGUGAAGGAGCCCAAGAGGUUUGGAGAGGCUUCAAUGAACUGCAAGCUAAGAGGAGGCACCCUGGCCAUGCCAAAAACCAGCAACACCAACAAUCUCAUGGCAGACUAUGUCAGUCAGGCAGGACUGACAAGAGUUUAUAUUGGAGUCCAGGCUCAAAGCAAGGACACAGACAGAACAAGCAGUUAUGUUUAUGCAGACUCCAGCCCACUGCAGGGGUUUGCAGCUUGGAGCCAAGAGCCGGAGCUACAGUCCAUAGUAUCUCCCACCACAAACUCAACCUGCGUGGAGCUGCUCAGCACUGGAACAUGGGGUCAUGUGGAGUGUGAAGCCACCAUGUUUUUCAUCUGUGAGUUUCCAAAGAGCAGAAGAAGAGGAGGAGGAGGAAGAGGAACACCUGCCUCUGCAUCAUCAUAAGUCAAUGAGGCAUCCAGACUUGCAUGCAAAAGAGAUAAAAGUAUACAUAUAUAUAGUGUCGUAGAAAAUUGGC